AUGCAGAAAUUAAGUCUGCAUUUAAUGAAUCCAAUCAUGAAUUGUUAAUUUUAAUUGCAAAUUAAUAGUAAAAAUUAUCAUUAAAUUAUAAUUUAGGAAUUGUAAAAACAAUCUUCAAAAUGAAUAGAGUAAAAUUUUUCAAUAUCAAAUAGAUUUUGAAAGGUAAGAAUAGAAAAAAAUAGUGGAUAUACAUUAUGUAUGAAUUAAAUACUUUGAAUCGAAUUAUUUCUUUAUACACAGAAUGCAUUGUUCAUAGUUAAAUUAUACAAAAAGGUACGUCUUUCAAUAUAAUUAGAAUAAGUGUACCCUUUAGUAAGUUUGCAUAAUUCUUGUUAGAUAUCUUACAAUUUUAGGAAAAGUUAUGUUAUUUUCUAUUAUUUAUUAUAAAGAGACUUGAACAAUAACAGACCUGUAAUUAAAUUCUUUUAUUAUUAUUUACUUUGCAAGUAUUAUCUUCAAUUUCAUUUAAUUAUAUUUCCUUCAUAACUUUUGAACUAGUUCCAUGUAAUAAUUGGGUAAAACCACUUGUUGAAUUAUGAGAAUAAUGAUUCAAAGUUAGAUUUUUAAUUAAUUAAAUCAAAAGAAGUUUUGUUUUUCAAAUCUAAGCAAACCAUAAAUUAAAGCUUAAUGAAACAGUUUGCAUAUAAAAACAGAUUUAUCAUUUAAAUAAGAAAUAAGCCAUCAUAUCUUCUUUUUAAUUUCCUUAAUUGCGUAAAAUAAAUUCUCAACCUAUCAGGAUUCUAAAAUAUGAAACCUUAUAUUUAUCAUGAAAGUUCAAGACAAACCUAAAAGAUGGCAAUUAAAAUAAUUGGUAUGAUGAUCAUAACUUGCAUUAUCAUGUUUGAAUUUAUAUUUUUUUCUCGAAUUGUUGAAUAUUGUUAUCGAAACAGUAAGAAUGAUAGUAAAAUGUAUCAGGUGAUUUUUCACUUAAAUAUAUCAUACUUCUGCUGA